CAAACCCCAGUGAGGUAAAGCCUCUAUCUGUGGUUUUAGAAAGAAAGAAAGGCUUAGCUUGGAAAAUGGUUGCUGUGAUUCCUCUUGUCACCAAUUUCUGAGAUUUCAUUCAAAAAUCCAUGGCACUCUCGAGGUUACUCUUCUCCUCCUUCAAGAACCGCUUUACGGCUCUUACUCUAUUCAGACGGUUUGUUCCGUCUAAGAGAAUUCAUUGUUCAAGUUACAUGAGAUCAGCAAGACGGAUAGAAGGUCCUCCUGUACUGGCUGAGAGAACACCAAGCUCUCAUUUAUGGAUGCCAACUGCUGCUUUACUAGGAGGGUUUGGAGGAGUGGCACUUUUUCUUUACUAUAACGAUGAGAAGAGGGCAAUUUUGAAAGGCCAAGGUCAGAACAUCGACAGAUGUACCAUCAAGGGGCCUAUAAUUGGUGGCCCUUUCACUCUGAUAGAUACAGAGGGACGGUCACAGUGUUGGAUUGUAUCAGGCCAAGGUCAGAACAUCGACAGAUGUACCAUCAAGGGGCCUAUAAUUGGUGGCCCUUUCACUCUGAUAGAUACAGAGGGACGGUUAGUUACUGAACGCAACCUUCUGGGAAACUCCAUUCUUCUCUACUUUGGUUACACUUCGUCUCCAGAUGUUGGCCCAGCAGAAGUCCAAAAAAUGGCCAAGGCUAUUGAUAUAUUAGAAUCAAAACAAAACCUUAAGGUUCUACCUGUAUUCGUUACGAUUGAUCCUCAGCGUGAUACUCCUUCGCAACUCCGUGCUUAUCUUAGAGAGUUCGACUCGAGAAUAAUGGGACUAACUGGAUCAGUUCCUGCGAUAAGACAGAUGGCACAGGAAUACCGUGUGUACUUCAAGAAGGUUGAAGAGGAUGGGGAUGAUUACCUUGUUGAGUCUUCCCAUAACAUGUAUUUGACGAACCCAAACAUGGAAGUAGUGAGAUGCUUUGGGGUAGAAUACAGUGCCGAGGAACUGUCUGAAGCAAUACUCAAGGAGUUGACAAAGCCAGAACACAAUAGGUUGACACCCGUAUUAUGUUCAUCUUCUUCGACUGGGUAAGAGAUAUGCAUCAUAUUUGAGAUGUCGAUCUGAAAAUUUUCCCUCAUUACAUUUUUUAUUAUUAUUAAAUCCCUCAUUAGAUUGUUGAAAUGCUAAUUAAUGGUUAUUAAGAGGAACUUGCACAUGUUACACAAUCAGAGAGUGGUUUUACUACUUGUGUUUGGAUGUAUGAGGCCUGCAGAGCUAGCAAAUCAAUAUUUUAUUGAUCUUUUUUGUU